GAGAAAACGAAACUCUCUCUCUCAGUCUGUGAGAGCAGUAAGAUGGCAGAGGUCAGUAUUUUAGAUCAGGAUCAGUUCAGCUGUUCAGUCUGUCUGGAUCUACUGAAGAAUCCAGUAGCUAUUCCCUGUGGACACAGUUACUGUAUGGUGUGUAUUAAUGGCUGCUGGGAUCAGGAGGAUCAGAGGGGGGUCUACAGCUGCCCCCAGUGCAGAGAAACGUUCACUCCGAGGCCUGUUCUACGCAGAAACAACAUGCUGGCUGAAGUGGUGGAGAAACUGAAGAAGACAGAAGUCCGAGCUGCUUCUCCUGCUCACUGUUACGCUGGAGCUGGAGAUGUGGAGUGUGAUUUCUGUACUGGGAGAAAACUCAAAGCCAUCAAGUCCUGUCUGAUGUGUUUAGCGUCUCUCUGUGAAACUCAUCUUAAACCUCAUCUGGAAAUUCCAGCUUUAAUCAAACACAAGCUGGUGAAAGCGUCCACACGACUACAGGAGAAGAUCUGCUCUCAGCAUGAUAAACUGAUCGAGAUCUACUGUCGCACUGAUCAACAGUUUAUCUGUUAUUUAUGUACGAUGGAUGAACACAUGGGUCACAGUACAGUUGCAGCUGUAGCAGAAAGGAAAGAGAAGCAGAGUCAGAUAAAGAAGAUACAGAAAAAGUUCCAGCAGAGAAUCCAGGAGAAACAGAAGAAGCUGCAGGAGGUGAACCAGACUGUAAAAAAUGUUAAGCUCUCUGCACAGUCAGCAGUGGAGGACAGUGAGAGGAUCUUUACUGAGCUGAUCCGCUCCAUUGAGAAAAAGCGCUCUGAGGUAACAGAGCUGAUCAGAGAUCAGGAGAAGACUGAACUGAGUGCAGCUGAAGAACUCCUGGAGCAGCUGGAGCAGGAGAUCACUGAUCUAAAGAGGAGAAACACUGAGCUGCAGCAGCUUUCACACACAGAAGAUCACAUCCACUUCCUCCAGAGAUUCCAGUCUGUGAGUGUCUCUCCUGGAGAUAAAGAUUCACCCAGCAUCACUGUCCAUCAUCAUCAUCAUCAUCAUCAUCUCUCAUUUGAUGGAGUGAGGAAAUCUCUCUCUGAUUUGAAAGAGCGACUGGAGGAAUUCUGCAGGAAGGAGUUCAGUAAAAUCUCUGCACAGGCUGCAGCAGCUCAAACCAUUUUACCCCCAGAACCAAAAAACAGAGCAGACUUUCUACACUAUUUCUGUCGACUGACUCUGGAUCCAAACACAGUACAUCAGUAUCUCAGUCUGUCUGAGAACAACAGAGUGGUGAAGCGCAUUAAUAAACAGAUUUACUCUGAUCAUCCAGAGAGAUUUGACAGUUAUGGUCAGGUGUUGAGUAAGGAGAGUGUGAGUGGACGCUGUUACUGGGAGGUUGAGUGGAGCAGUAUAAUAGGAUGUGUGUACAUAUCAGUAUCAUAUAAAGGGAUCAGCAGAAAAGGAUCGGGUAAUGAAUGCUGGUUUGGAGGCAAUAAUCAGUCCUGGAGUCUGCAGUGUUUUCCCUCUCUCUCUUUCUGGCACAACAACACUGAGACUGAGAUCUCAGCUCCUCCAUCCUCCAGAAUAGGAGUGUAUGUGGAUCACAGUGCAGGAACUCUGUCCUUCUACAGCGUCUCUGAUACAAUGACCCUCCUACACACAGUCCACACCACAUUCACUCAGCCGCUCUACGCUGGAGUCAGGGUUGGUGGUCUGUUUGUAGGUUGUAAUGGUUUUGGUGGAACUGUGAGGUUGUGGGAUCCAGAAUAAGGAGUCAGGUGUUUUUUGGUUCUUGUAAGAAAGAUAAAAACAAAGUUGGAUUUUUUUCAGAAUUCAGAAUCACAUUUAUUCAGUUUUGUUUCUGAGCUGUUUGAAGUUACAGCAAGUUCAGUAAAUUCAGUAAAUUCCACUUUAAAUUCUGGAUUUAGAAUAAAGUGAGCCAGUAAUGAAAGAUGAUGUGUUUCACAUUUACAAACUUUAUAAAUGUUACGUCCUAGACGUUUAUUUUGGAAUUUAUUAUUAUUUUUGUAGAUUGAGUAAGGUAUUAAGUAGCUUUUGUUGUUUUUCUGUUGUCGUGCUGCUGCCCUCUGCUGCUCUUUCCGUGUAUCUCUUGUUCCCUCUCUCUCAAGUUCUUAGGUCACAUCUUGGUGGGAACAUGUCAGCUGAUCACUGUGGCCAUGUGACCCAAGAAUACAAAAGGACCUGAAGUUCCAUUGUGGGGUGGCCCAUGGUGUCUCCACCAUGCGGUCCAUGGCAGACAUAUUGACACUUGCCUUUGUUUAGCUUAUGUCUCUGUCUUGGUUAAGAUGAUGUGUUAUGUCACUGUAGGGGUGAGCUGCCAUUUUGUUUUUACUUACAUUUGUUUCUGUUUAUGAACAGGGAGGUAGGUAAGCUGUUUGUCUUUUCUUUGAACUUUUGUUUUUGAUGCACAGGUAAGAUAGCUUUUGACUGGUUAGACAUUUUUGUUUGUUAUUUUGGCCUUGGCUCACCCUGAAGUUUUUGUGACUUAGUUUAUAUUUGUUUAUGACUUUGAGUGUUAUUAUUAUUAUUAUUAUUAUUAUUAUUAUUAUUAUUAUUUCUUUUUGAGCUGUAACAUUAUUUGUAUUUUCUUGAUCUGCCAUGUAUUUUGUAUUGCCUGACCCUCCAAUCUAAAAACACCAAAUACAUUUUUCUAUUUUUGCAUCCAAAACUUGUUGGUCCAUUUAUUUAUGUUGCAACCCUUAGACCCCUAGGCUAUACUUUUAUCUAGGGUCGUAACAUAAAUUGGGGGCUCGUCCUUUGCAGUUUCAUUAGCUGUUUUCAUUUUUGUGUGGUGAGGUACUUUGUGGCAGUAGCCAUGUUUAACUUAGAGACCUUUACUUGUGAUCCUACCCUGGAGCAAUUUGAUCAGUGUCGUAAGGCUGACUUAAUAUUAAUUGCUGAAUUUUUUGAUAUUUCUGUGGGUCGACUUAAGACCAAAGCUGAAAUAAAAUCUGAUUUGUAUCGGCAGCUGGUGGAUCGGAGUGUUUUGCCAGAGAGGCCAUGCUCAGUGACUGAGGGUGCAGGUGUUGCCACAGAUGAGGCAUCUAUCGCAGCAACGGGGGAGGCCGAGGCUCCGGCAGUGUCUCAAAGCAUAGAACCUGUAAAUCCUCCUGUCUUUAAUCCUGAGAUCACGGUACGUCUAAAAGAGCUGGAGGUGGAACUGCAGCGGCAAAAUGUGCGUGCUAUAGAGAUCGAAGCCCAAAAGGCCAUUAAGCUGCGUGAGUUGGAGAUAGAGGCCAAGCGUGCUGAGCAGCCUCUCCCUGCUCCUACUACCUCCACGCCCAGGAGUACUGGUGAGUCUCUGGAUUUUCGUUCUGAUUUUGAUGUGAGCAGGCAAAUCAGAUUAGUUCCUCAUUUUCGUGAGUCUGAGGUAGACUCUUAUUUUGAAGCAUUUGAAAGGGUUGCUAACUCUUUGAGUUGGCCUAAGUCAGUUUGGCCUCUUUUGCUCCAGUGUAGAUUAACUGGUAAGGCUUUAGAUGUGUUUUCUGCUUUGCCAAUAGAGAAAAGUUUAGAGUAUGAUUCUGUAAAAACUGCUGUACUCCAAGCCUACGAAUUAGUACCAGAGGCUUAUAGACAACAUUUUCGUGCACAUUUGAAAACAGCUAAUCAAACAUUUGUUGAAUUUGCUCGAGAGAAGGCAGCUUUAUUUGAUAAAUGGUGUAAGGCUAGUAAAGUUACCACCUUUGAACAGCUUCGUGAAUUAGUACUGCUUGAAGAUUUUAGAGCUUGUGUAUCUGAGAAAUUAGCAGUUUAUCUGAAUGAGCAAAAACGCUCUUUGCUGUCUGAUGCUGCUAUUGCAGCUGAUGAGUUUGUAUUGACUCAUAAAGCUGUUUUUCCUUCUGCAUUUCGUGUUGAUGCAUGUCGUGUUGAUGCAUCUAGAAAAUUAGAUUUAGGACCUCGUAGAGAUAGACAGAUUAGUGGAAGCAAAAUGGAUUCUGUUUCUGCAAGCAGUUUUAAGCCUGGUGGGUCUGUUAAGGAAAAUCGUGAAUGUUUUUAUUGUCACAAGCCUGGUCACCUAAUUGCAGACUGUCAAGCUUUACAGAAAAAGCAAGGUUCCUUGGUACCCAAGGGAGUAGGGCUGAUUCAGUCUGUUUCAGAGUUACAUGUGGCCAGUGAGGUUGAGUUUAGACAGGACAAAGAUGUGUUUGAGCCUUUUCGUUUACAAGGUUUCAUUUCUAGCUGUGAGAGCAUGGAGAUUAAACAACCUGUAACUAUUCUGCGUGAUACAGGUGCUGCCCAAUCAUUGUUGCUCAGUGGUGUAAUCCCUUUAUCUUUAGACACCUAUAGUGGAGCUGAUAGGGUAGUUCAGGGUGUUGGGCUGAGCUAUGUUAAUGUUCCAAUACAUUCUGUAUAUCUAAAGUCUGACUUAGUUUCUGGGAAGGUUGAUGUUGGGAUAUGUGAUACAUUGCCUAUUCCAGGGGUAACGUUUAUACUGGGGAAUGACUUGGCAGGAGGGAAAGUGCUACCUGUUCCUGAGGUUGUGACUGAUCCCAUUUGUUCUGUUCAGCCACCAGCCAACCAGUAUGAAACUAGUGAGAAUCUCCCAUUAACUUUUCCUGCAUGUGUGGUUACACGUGCUCAGUCACGUAAACUCAAGGAUGUUGUUGAUCUUUCAGAUUCCUUUUUGCAUCCUGAUCGCUUAAAUGUUAGCCUUUCUGAUAGCAAGUCUUUUGGUAAGGUAGAGACUGUGUCUGAUUUGUCUGGUGUGGGUAACACUGUUCUAGAUCUUGGUUUGUGUGGUACUCGAGAACAGCUUGCCAUUGAACAGAAAAGUGACUCUUCUUUGGCUCAGUGUAGAAAGGCAGCAGAAGAGGUUAAAGCUGAUGUUUCAUCCUCCGCUUACUUUUGGGAUGGAGAGAUACUCAUGCGUAAAUGGGUUCCUCCUAAACUAUCUAAAACUGAUUCUGAGUGGACCACUACUUACCAAAUUGUUGUUCCUACUGCUUAUCGCUCACAAGUAUUGACUUUAGCUCAUGAUCAUUGUUUAUCUGGACACUUGGGGGUCACUAAAACGUACAAACAAAUUUUACAGCAUUUUUUUUGGCCGGGUCUAAAAAGUGAUGUAUCUGCUCACUGUCGCUCUUGUCAUACGUGUCAGCUUACUGGUAAGCCCAACCAGAUUAUUCCUCCGGCUCCUCUUCAGCCUAUACCAGUAAUGUGUGAACCUUUUGAAACUCUGUUAAUGGACUGUGUAGGUCCUUUGCCUAAGACUAAGUCAGGUCAUCAGUAUCUGCUUACCUUGAUGUGCAGUGCCACUAGAUUUCCUCAAGCCAUACCAUUGCGUACCUUGAAAGCUAAAGCCAUCAUAAAAGCCUUGAUCAACUUUUGCUCUACUUUUGGUUUGCCAAAAUAUGUCCAAACAGACCAGGGUUCGAACUUCAUGUCUAAACUGUUUGCACAGGUUUUAAAACAACUUUCUAUUUCUCAUAGAGUUUCCAGUGCAUAUCAUCCAGAAUCACAGGGGGUGCUAGAGAGGUUCCAUCAAAGCCUAAAAGCCAUGUUGCGUAAGUACUGUUUUGAGUCUGGUCGUGAAUGGGACGAGGGAGUUCCCCUAGUACUCUUUGCAGUUCGAGAAGCAGUUCAGGAUUCGCUGGGCUUUAGCCCUGCAGAACUUGUUUUUGGCCAUACUGUGAGAGGUCCUUUAAAACUUCUAAAAGACAAGUGGUUGUCUACAGAUGAGCCAUCUACCACAAAUUUGCUUGACUAUGUGAGUAGCUUUAGAGAACGUCUUCACUUUGCAUGUGAGGCAGCUAAAAGCAUGUUGGCUUCCUCCCAGUCCAAGAUGAAGAAGCAUUAUGAUAAGUGUGCUGUGUCUCGUUCUUUUCAGCCGGGUGAUUUAGUCUUGGUAUUGCUACCUUUACCAGGAUCAUCGUUGCAGGCUAAGUUUUCAGGGCCUUAUGUUAUUGAUUCAAAACUCAGUGAUACUGAUUAUGUGGUGCGAACUCCAGAUCGUAGAAGGAAAACCAGGGUUUGCCACAUAAAUAUGUUGAAGGGUUAUGUAGCCAGAGAAAACCAUGAUUGUAAGACAUCUGCACCUUCCUCUAGUUCCAUUCCAGUAGCCUCAGUUUCCUUUGUGUCCACUCCUUUGCAACCCUUUGAGACUGAAGAGCCUAUGUCCAGUGCUCCUGUAGUUAGUGCUCGUUUGCAAAAUUCUGACAUCUUGAACAAUUUGCCCAGUUUUCUUUCUCAUUUAAGUGAUGACUGCUCUCAAGAUAUUUCCAACUUAAUUGAAAGCCACAAGUCUUUGUUUUCUGAUCAUCCGUCUCAAACUCAUGUACUUGAGCAUGACAUUGAUGUUAAUGAUCAUCCUCCCAUUAAGCAGCAUGCUUAUCGUCUUCAUCCAGCCAAGCGUACUUGUAUGCAGAAAGAAACACAGUAUCUUGUAGAUCAUGGUCUUGCUGAGCCUAGCUCCAGUCCUUGGAGCUCUCCGUGCAUCUUAGUACCAAAACCUGAUGGCACACUACGUUUCUGUACAGAUUAUCGUAAAGUUAAUGCUGUAACUCGUGUUGAUUCCUUUCCAUUGCCUCGCAUGGAGGACUGUGUAGACAGUGUUGGUUCUGCUCGCUAUGUGAGUACAUUGGAUCUUUUAAAGGGAUAUUGGCAAGUACCAUUAACUCAGCGUGCAUCUGAUAUUUCAGCUUUUGUUACACCCGAUGAUUUUUUAUAAUAUAAAGUGAUGGCUUUUGGGAUGAGAAAUGCUCCAGCUACAUUCCAAAGAUUGAUGAGUGUCGUUCUGAAGGGCAUUAAAAAUUGUAAAGCUUAUUUAGACGAUCUUGUGAUCUAUAGCCAGAGUUGGUCAGAGCAUUUAACUGUUUUGGAUCUUGUGUUUCAGCAUCUUGAAGAAGCUGCCCUUACCCUAAAUUUGGCCAAAUGCGAGUUUGGAAAGGCUACAGUGGUGUACUUGGGAAAAGAGGUUGGUGGUGGUUGUGUUCGCCCUCUAGGAGCUAAGGUUGAGGCCAUUGUGAAUUUUCCAGCACCAAAGACCAAGCGUGAGUUGCGCCGUUUCUUAGGAAUGGUGGGCUAUUAUCGGGGGUUUUGUAGAAAUUUUUCUACAGUAGUGUUUCCCCUAACUAAUCUACUUAGAGCUUCUGUCCCUUUUGUCUGGUCUGUUGAAUGUCAGCAAGCUUUCGAUAGUGUUAAAUCUUUGCUUUGCUGUGCCCCAGUGCUUGCAGCUCCAAAUUUUCAAUGUCCUUUUAAGUUGGAGAUUGAUGCUAGUAAUACUGGAGUUGGCGCUGUUCUCUUGCAAGAAGAUGAACAGGGAAUUGAUCAUCCAGUUUGCUACUUUUCCAAAAAGUUUACUCGUUAUCAGAUGCAUUAUUCCACAAUCGAGAAGGAGACAUUGGCUUUGAUUUUGGCUUUAAAACACUUUGAGGUGUAUGUUGGCUCUAGCUCUCAGGAAGUCAUGGUGUUCACAGAUCACAAUCCCCUUGUGUUCUUGAGUCGUAUGUACAACUCUAACCAGCGGCUUAUGAGGUGGGCAUUGAUGGUUCAAGGUUACAAUUUGACUAUUAAACACAAGCGAGGAUUAGAUAAUGUUUUGGCUGAUGCUUUGUCUAGGAUAUAGUUAUUGUUUAAUUUUUUUUUAUGGGGGGGGAGUGUUACGUCCUAGACGUUUAUUUUGGAAUUUAUUAUUAUUUUUGUAGAUUGAGUAAGGUAUUAAGUAGCUUUUGUUGUUUUUCUGUUGUCGUGCUGCUGCCCUCUGCUGCUCUUUCCGUGUAUCUCUUGUUCCCUCUCUCUCAAGUUCUUAGGUCACAUCUUGGUGGGAACAUGUCAGCUGAUCACUGUGGCCAUGUGACCCAAGAAUACAAAAGGACCUGAAGUUCCAUUGUGGGGUGGCCCAUGGUGUCUCCACCAUGCGGUCCAUGGCAGACAUAUUGACACUUGCCUUUGUUUAGCUUAUGUCUCUGUCUUGGUUAAGAUGAUGUGUUAUGUCACUUUAGGGGUGAGCUGCCAUUUUGUUUUUACUUACAUUUGUUUCUGUUUAUGAACAGGGAGGUAGGUAAGCUGUUUGUCUUUUCUUUGAACUUUUGUUUUUGAUGCACAGGUAAGAUAGCUUUUGACUGGUUAGACAUUUUUGUUUGUUAUUUUGGCCUUGGCUCACCCUGAAGUUUUUGUGACUUAGUUUAUAUUUGUUUAUGACUUUGAGUGUUAUUAUUAUUAUUAUUAUUAUUAUUAUUAUUAUUUAUUAUUAUUAUUAUUAUUAUUAUUAUUAUUUCUUUUUGAGCUGUAACAUUAUUUGUAUUUUCUUGAUCUGCCAUGUAUUUUGUAUUGCCUGACCCUCCAAUCUAAAAACACCAAAUACAUUUUUCUAUUUUUGCAUCCAAAACUUGUUGGUCCAUUUAUUUAUGUUGCAACCCUUAGACCCCUAGGCUAUACUUUUAUCUAGGGUCGUAACAAUAAAUCAAAUGAAUUGAAACUAAUGAACUAAUGAAAUGAAAACAUUGUGUUUAAUGUUAAAUCAAUAAAAUUUCUUUAUUUAAAGAUUA